AUCUUUUGAGCAAAGAAGGUAAAAUAAAUACCUAAACCAAACAAAUACUUGAGGCACAAGCCAACCAAACGUUUACAUUGGUACAACACAAGACAAGGUGGCAGUGGUGACUGGUGGGUGAAGCAGAAGCACACCACAUGAAACGCCAAACCAAAUUCUACACCGCCCUUUAAUUCUUUUCAGAACCCCACCCUUAAUACUCUGCGCAGCUUCGUUUCUUUUCUGUCACCCUUUUUCGAUUAAACCCUUGCCCUCUUCUCCAAGCAAUCACACCCUCUUCUUUCUGCUCCUCUACGUGAAGCCUGGACACCCCUUUUCGCCUCUUCACUCUUUCCCACCCAAAGUCUCUACCUUUAUCAGUUUACCCGUCUUAUAGCCUCCGUACAAUGUACCCCGUGUCCCUUCUUUCGUCUAAUUCCUCAAUUUGAGUCACUGGGUUGUUCUUAGUUUUUGCUGAUGGCUGAGGAUGUUUGACUUGUGUUUCUCACUUGUUUGAUUCUUUAGUCCUUUUUUCCCCUUUAAUCCUUCACUUUUUCUACCUCAUAGACCUGGCUUGCUACGCCUUCUUAUUAUUCUCUCUGGGUGUCGGAGGGUUUAUUAAAUUUAAGCAGAUUGCCUGAAGGUGUUUCUGUGGUUCAAUUUAUGACUAAUCGGAUUAGACACUAGGUUAGUGGUUACAGAGAGCAGGGAAUUCUUGUAAUAUAAUAUGAUUUUUUGUUUUAUUCUGUCUUUGAUUCAGAAAUAUUCAUUUUGUUGGCCCUUUUUUAAUGAAGCUAAUUGCUUCCGGUGAGAAGAACUUGAGACUGAAAUCGAACUCUUCAUUUUUUGAGGGCACGAGGGGUUAAAUGCAGACAUUGAGGGGUAUUGCUUUUUAUUGAAGUUUCCUCAUCGUCACCCAGCGUACAGUGAGUUUUGUACAUUUGUACAUUGAUAAAGAGUGAACAGGUUCUUGUUGCAGUCUGCAGAACAUCAUCACUUUUGAUCAUUUGCAAUUUGGGAAUUUGAAGAAAGACCUCAGUUUGUGAGAAGUUAGUUAUUUUAGCAUCGAUGAUAUUAACCAAGUGCUAAUAAGAAGUAUUGGAUUGGUCAUUAGGAAAAAGUGAAAGGAAUUGCGCUGAUAAUUUACACAUUUAACGUGAAGCACAAAUUAAUUCGAUCCUGGAAAAGGAUUGGUGUAAUUGAUAUGAAGAAUGGAAGGAGGUGAUCAUACAUUGGCACCGCAAUGGUUGAAAAGCAGUGGAAAUGACAGUAAAGUGACUGGUACAAACAACCAAUUCACAACACCAUACUCUGAUCAAAUGACUUACACCAGUCGGAAUCCUAGCUUCUCAAGGCCACAUAGUAGUUAUGAGAGAAGCUGGCCUGGUAUGGAUGGGGAGAAAGAUAUUGACAAUGACGGCCUGACCUCAGCAUCACAUGAUAUUCCUAUGACAGUUGGAAUCAGAAGCAAGGCUAUGAUGAUGCAGCAGUAUAAUAUUUCUUCAAGCACAUCUUCUAUGGGCCUCAGUAUGGCUGAGACAUUGGCUCAGAGUCCACAUCACUCUUACUCACCAUCACAAUUAUCUUCUAGUACUCAAAAGCUUGAAGAGUUGGCCCUUAAGCAAUCUAGGUUAUUAAUCCCAGUUACACCAUCCACACCUAGAUCCCUGGCUGCUAGCUCUUUGGAGAAAUCAAAGGCCAAGACAGGGCGGCAGCAGUAUCCCUUCUACUCACGGCGACUUGGUUAUUCAUUACAGGGUGCUCAUCCAAACUCAGAUAUACAGAAAACUAGUUCUGUUAAUUCCCAUAAUUUCAGUGCUUCAAGAGAGUUGAAUGGUGUCUCUUCAGUAGUGAAAGACAACUUAUUAAGUCCAAAUAGUAGAUCAUUGGCCGCCCCAGUUGGUGCCACUAGAUCCACUUCUAUACCUGCUCCCUCUAGAAGCUUAGGUAACAACAAUUCAACCCCUUCUUCAUGGAUAACAUUGGAGAAGAAACCAACUUUUCCUACCCAGAGCAGGAAUGAUUUCUUCAAGAAUCUUUCAAGGAAGAGUUCCAUGGAAAAACCUUCUUCUGAAGCCAGCACAACAAAUGUCUCUAGUUCUCCCAUUCCGAAAUCUAGAGAUGCUUCUUCAGUGGAUUCCUCUUCUCUGAACAUGGUGAGUGACUGCAGCUCCAUAAUUACAGUGAACGACAAUGCUGCCAAUGAACCUCUGAAACCUUCAAGCAGUGGAGAGAAUCAGCAUAUCAGAAAUCCAUUUCCUUUUACAGAAGAGGAAGAGAUUGCAUUUUUACGUUCACUUGGGUGGCAGGAAAGUGCUGGAGAUGAUGAAGGCCUCACUGAAGAGGAGAUACAAAACUUCUAUGAACAGCACAUGAAGUUACAGCCAUGAACAAUUAUUCUGCAACAUGUGCUUCAAUGACAGAAUGCACUGCUACUUGAUUCAGUUGCUGGAAGAUCAGGUGGAACUCCACAAGUAAAUUAUGUUUACAACUUAGAAGUUUUUCUAUUUUUUACUGUUAUUUGUUAAAGAUACAAACUCUGCUACAGGUUUUAGUAGGCGAAUAGAACUAGUAGGACAAUAGAAAUGCUUCACCAUACUUCAUUAUCAUUAGAAAUAGAAAAAGGGCAAGAAAUUAGUUUAUUUUGUUCUUUUCUUUUGAAACCCUAAACUCGAUUUUGAUCCCGAAUUGA